GAUCACACCCUUAUAACUGUCAAUUGGAAAUAAUUGAUCUCAAAUAUCAGCAUCUGCUUUAUAAAUAAGAGUGCCCAUCACUCAGUGCAGGCAUUUAAACAGUCCUUGAUUCCCGUUAAAACGUGACUCUUAGAAUCAUGUCUUCUAAACAUGUGUGCCUUGUCCCAAAUGAAUGGGGAACGUACUAUGACUCAAAUACUUUGGAAGUUAUACUCAAAAAAGAAAUAUCAUGCGAACAAAUAACCAAGAAAGUUGAAGGCAUUCGCAUCCACGUAGAAGGUGUGACAGCACAUCUUCGGUACCACAACCAACAACCCUGGAUGCGCAAGGAUCAGGACAAAAGAACCUGGCCAAAUCACAGAGAGUAUUUUGGAGUGUACAUGUCUUGUAACCAUUGCCGCGAACCUCAUAAAUAUCUUAAAAUAUGUGUACCGAUCAUGGACAUCUCUUAUAGACCUGUAUAUCUAGUGCCUCGUGAGUGGUUAGAAAUCUCGAGGGAGUCAUUGAGUUAUAUACUCUUUAACCAAAUCUCCAGUCACUAUUAUAAAUAUAAAACAAUUGAUGGCAUAAAAAUUAAUAUUCAAGGCGUAACGACAUAUCUUCAAUAUUGCAAUGAAGAAUUCUGGCUGCGCAAAUGUCAGGAUCAACGAAGUAAGCCAGAUAUCAAAGAAUAUUAUCCUAUUUACAUGCCUUGUAUUUACUGCACCGAAUUGUAAGUCAAAUAUGCUUAUUUAUGAUUACUAUGACAUUUAUUAUACACCACUAGGCUGAGAGGGAAUGUGGUUCCUUCCCCUGCCUUUCUGAAAAGACACUCAAAGAUUUAAUAGAUAUAUCAUAUAGUGAUCACUAUUUUCCUGCUCAUACAUACCUGCGAAUACUUAGACUACGACCCAAUUUUGAAUGAUAGAACCGCCAACUGUAAUAUGUCUCUUGUACUUUCUUGAAAUUAUAUAAAUAAUUAUUUUUCUUUUGUUUCAGCAACAAGCCCCUAUAUAGACGCAAUUAAGGAUUUAGAAGUUAAAGCCUAGUAUGUUAUAAUGGAAAAACCGUUUUGUAGUUUGCAUUUAUAUUAUCAAUAAAAUGUUAAAAAUCAUGUUUGCAUUUAUUGAAUAUCCUUGAAUAAUAUAUUCUAUGACUUAGAAUAAAACAACACACAACAUUCUUCUAAGGUCCUUCAUCUUUCGCAUGGGUCUAUAAUUAAUUUGCAUUGACUCGCUAAGCCAGUUUUUAAAUUUUAAUUUUUAAUGCCAAUAUUCUGAGAAAGAUGGUUUUAGAGUCCCGUAAGAACAGGAAUACUCCAAUCUCUAAACUACCAAUCAAAAUAUUUCAUUUUUUAUCAAACACACAGUGACGAUAAAGAAAGCUUAGAGCUUAGGAGUGUUUUUGGGUUAAAUGAUUCGAUUUGUAGAGCACAGCCAAUGUACAUACAUGCAUUUCUGUUCUAAAAUAAUUGUAAUAAAAAAAGUACCGAAAAUCUACAGAACCCAUUCAUUGUUGAAGCUCUAUCCAUAACUCACUACUUUAUGGCCAUAAUUGACAGCCAGUGAAGGCCAAUCAUAUUUUGGUACAUUCAAAUGAUAAAUUGGUGGCGAUGACCUUUCAGUUAACCUUAAUUGGUAUCGGUCUCGGGAGUCAAUAAAUUAAAAGAAAUCAAUCUAUUUAGAACAGUAUGUUUAAUAUCUUAAAUAUAGCAUGCGAAUAACUAAUGGAUGUAGUAGACAUAAUUGGAAAAUCGACAUUUUUCAAUGCUCCUAUUUAACAGGGAUGGUUUCUUAACCCUUUGAAGUACGCAAGCGCUUCGUACAUCCUUAUCUUCUAUCAUUAUAAAAUUGACAAGCGAAACAUUAAGCAGAAGCUUAUCAUUGCCGUUACCCUAGGAUCAAUAGUCAGAUCAAAAAUCCAUUUGCGUGUGGAGCCAAACCGACAGCCACUACACAUCCGAACCCAUUGAUUCCCUAGUUUUCGGUUUCCUCUAUGUCGGAGAGAGGAUUCGUGCAUAGCACUAUAUCCAUGUUUCAACUGACAUGCCGGUUGGUCAAGAGAAAACGUAGUUUCUUUCCCCGCUUCCUUAGAAGAUGCCCAGGUAACAUCAGAACAUAGAUCUUUACUUUCUAAACUUACAAACAAAUAUUAAUACCCGUAUUAUCGAACUGUGAUAAGUCUUAACAACUAAAACAUUAACGCAACUUAAAAACAAUAAUUAAAUUAAGCUUAGAGUUUUAUAGGCUCAAAAUGCGUAAUCUAAACAAUAAUAAAACUCAACUAAGUUAACCCGUUAGUGCUUGACCUCGAAACCCCACUCCAUGUUUAGGCGAGUCGUAGUAGAACUAGACAGCGCGUAGCACCCACGGCAGGGGCGUAUUACAGAAAACAAGGGAUUUUUUUAUUCAAUAUUCAACUGAGUCUUGUAAACAAUCCUAUCUAUGGCACUGUUACUGUACACGGAGUAGGGUAACAAUGAGUUGCAUCGGAUACACAAUAACACUAAUACUCUCGAAUUGUACGCAUACGAAUCUACGGCGUUUUUUGAUUCGGGCUCUUCCCACUCAACACACACUGAGAUGUUUCGAGACUCCCAAACGCUAAAGGGUUAACCUAAAAAUAUAAGAAUAACUUUCUUACCUUAAUUAUAUAAAUCCAAUAGUUAAAUAACUGUACCAAAAAAAUAAUUUGCUGUGAUACAAUUUCAAUAUUUGUCAUUACAAUAACUAAUGUCAGUAAACAUUUCAUUAAAAAGUACAUUAUCUUAAAAUUAUAAUGUUUACAAAUGUACAUGCGUUGGUAUUAAUUAGCUGUGACUAACCUCAAUC